GAGGGCAGAGCUUAGUAACUCCAUCAUCCUGAUUUCCUUCUCCGAGAAAGAUCCUUUUAUGUUUUUAUCUCCCUAGCUGAUUCCCACUUUGAUACGAAGGAAUUCAACCGAAGAAAUUAAAGAGAAGAGGAAGAUGAAGAAGGUGGAGAGAGCAGAGGAUCACGAGGCGCCGGCGCCGGCAGCUGAAGUGGAGGAGGACGACGCAAUGCUUCCGGGAUUCAGAUUCCACCCCACCGACGAGGAGCUCGUCGGGUUCUACCUCCGGCGGAAGGUGGAGAAGAAGCGGCUCAGUAUUGAGAUCAUCAAGGAGAUGGACAUCUACAAGCACGAGCCUUGGGAUUUACCAAAGAUGAUGACGACGGCGGGGGAGAAGGAGUGGUACUUCUUCUGCCGGCGAGGAAGGAAGUACCGGAACAGCGUCCGUCCGAACCGGGUCACCGGCUGCGGCUUCUGGAAGGCUACCGGAAUUGACCGGCCGAUCCACGCCUCCGGCCAAUGCAUCGGCCUCAAGAAGUCGCUGGUUUACUACCGCGGUCACGCCGGGAAGGGCACCAAGACGGACUGGAUGAUGCACGAGUUCCGCCUUCCCACCGGCGGUAAAUCCAACGCUGGCGGCGCUGGUACAGCCACCGCCGCCUCCAAGAACACCGCCAGCACGCAAGAAGCGGAGGUGUGGACGAUCUGCAGAAUCUUCCAGCGAAGCGCUUCGUACAAAAAGCAACCAAACAGCUACAGGACAUCGACGCCGACGAAAUCGCCGCCGGAAUCCAGCAGCAUCACCAACUGCUUCGACCCGGACGACUACAUGUGCUGCAGCUCCUCCGCUGGCGGGUCUCCGGUGGAGGACCUGCUGCAGGUCGAGGACUACUACCAAGAAAACAACCAAGUGGCGAACGUGGACGAUGUCGGCGGGGCCCAGUCGGAUCAAUCUCCCCCGCUCUGCCCGAGCUUGGAGCAGUGCCCCGACUCGAUCGACUUCGAGCGAGACACCAUCUGGGAGGAGCUCGGAAGGAUCGCUGAGUUCCUGGCGGACGAAAACUUUUCCUUAGAAAAUAAUUGUGGAUAUUCAUACAAUAGCGUGAUGGAUGACGUCGUCGUGUAAUAACAAACGAAAACCUCCUGUUUUUUUUUUUUUUACUUAAAAAAAAAGGUUUGAUUUGAGAAUAUCCAGUGUCAUUGUAUUCCAUCCCACUUGCGAUAAAUUAAUUUAUCCUUUCACUUAAAAAAUACAAAUAUCUGCAGUGGUUGCUGACA